AUGUAUGAAGACUUUAUUUAUAUCCGUGUUUCUGUCAAAAAACGCAAGCCGAAUGGUGUGACUUACGCUAGUAAUAGAGAUCGAAGAAAGUAUAAGAAGCAUAAUAAUACUGAUGAAACAACAGCAGAAAAACUGUUAUUACCACGCGGAAGGGCUAGGAAGGGCGUAUUGAUAGGACUCGACUAUACUGAUGAAGAGAGUGAUGAAUGUGUGAAUAACAUCGAAAUUAUGAAAUUGAAAUGUAGAGAAUAUAUGAGUAUACUGUAUAUUAUAACAGUACAGUACAUACAACACUUGAAUUUUGUAAUAGAAAGGGAAAUUGGUCAAGAGCAGCAGAAUUCAGGCUGCUCCAUGUUAAUAGAUUCUUUAUCAACGCUCUUCCGCCCACCCGCUUUGUUACUUGAUCAUAUACAGGCUUCGCUUGCAACCAUCGACGGAGAUACAGCCAGAUAUUGCACCAAGAAGCUUCUUCGUUGA